GAGUGACCAUUUGUCCGUUCUAGCAACCAUGUCAAACCCAACUUGUGCUGCCAUCUGUGCGUAGUACUGAAACUACCGAUAGAUGUCGCAGGAAUCGACAUAAGAUGGCUGCCAUGUCACAGCCAGUGCAGAUGUAUCUUUGGUGCACAUACUUUUGUGCUGCAACAGCUGCUCAUAUCUGCGCAAGCUGUCCGGUUGGUGAAUUGUGAUGGGAAGAAAGAUUUUCGGUAAAUCGGCAUCAAGACUGUACAUUGUGCCUCGUGUAUCGUUACUGUCAACCCUUCAUUGUACAUAACACAGAUGGAGUACAGAAGAAUGACGAGUCGUUACCCGUUAUAGCUACCAUUCCCAUCUAGGCGGAAAAAAUAUCCGGUUUCCUGAGCUGGAGGUGCAGAGGUGUCGGCAGCCGCAGCCGGUCCGUGGUCGGCCGCCAGCGAAAUGACUCGGGUGCGGGAGUGGGGGCUGCAGGACCGGCCGCUCAACACGGUGCACUUCGAGUCGCCGUCGCACACGGGCACGCUGCUCUGCGGGCUCAACACGCUGCGCUCCAAGGGGCUGCUGCUCGACGUCACCCUCGUCGCAGAGGGCGAAGCCUUCCAGGCACACAGAGUGGUACUUGCAUCAUGUAGUGACUACUUUCGUGCCAUGUUUACGGAUGCAAUGAGAGAGUCCCGCCAGAGUGAAAUCUGUCUGAACGGUGUGACUGCAGCAGGAAUGCGCCUAUUACUGGACUAUGCUUACACAUCACGUCUGGCCCUCAACCUGGCAAACAUUCAGGACGUGCUGUCGGCAGCAAGUCAUGUUCAGGUUGUGGCAGUAGUUGAGGCAUGUUCUAGUUAUCUUCAGACUCAGCUUGAUUUGGAGAACUGCGUGGACAUAGCAACCAUUGCUGAAACUUACUCGCUCUCACAACUGAGGCGUCGUGUGUAUCGGUUCAUGAGCAGUCAUCUCCGUGAGUUUUCACGAACUCAAGACUUCCAGAGGUUAUCCCCUAUGCAACUGGAAUAUCUUCUGGGCUGUGAUUUUCCUGUAGACUGCCCUGAAGCUGAGGUGCUCCGUAUUGUUCUUCGAUGGCUUUCAACUUUGCCCACCCCCACCACUGCGGAUAGCUGUGUGCAGCAGAGACUUCCAUAUGCCCAACGUAUCCUAAGACGAGUACACUUCACUGAAAUCACCCCUUGGGAUCUGGACACAGUUCUUUCUCACUCGCAUAUGGAUCAGACAUUGUAUAGACAGGUUCUGGCUGAGACGUGCCGACAGAAUCGUCCAAGGACACUCAAGUUACCUAUCCCCUCCAGUACCUCCUUGAUUAACUCCAGGGGAAUGGAAUUGGCUGUUGUAAAGGUUGGUGGCUUCGGUAUUGCAGGCAUCACCAAUGAAAUUACAUAUUUCCUUCCAAGUGUUUCAAAGUGGCGUCACCUUACUUCAAUUCCUCAUGUUGAGCAGUGUAAUUAUGGAACAGCUGUGCUAGACAAUGAGCUAUAUGUUGUUGGAGGUUGCUUUAAUCAGUCUCUUCAGGAGAAUAUUCAUCCAUUUGGCUUCCGCUAUAGUCCACGUUACAACAAAUGGACAACAAUGGCACCCAUGCAGAGAGAGAGAUGUCGAUUCUCACUGAAUGUUGUAUGUGGACGCCUGUAUGCCAUAGGAGGAGCAAGUGAAGUUGAUGAUCCAGAUGAUGAAGAAGAAGUGAGUGCCUGUGAAUGUUAUGAUCCACAGACUGACAGCUGGGAGUCAAUUCGGCCCCUUCCUGGUCACCGUAGCCAGCAUGCAGGGGCUGCAAUGCCUGGAGGAUCACUGUACAUUUCUGGAGGGCUGGACCGGGACCUCGUUCUGAGCUCAAUGCUCUGUUACGAUGCCGUGACUGAUGUGUGGCAGCAGCGGGCUCCCAUGUUGACACCACGUGCAGAUCACGUAAUGCUUGUUCUUGGGGAGCGUCUUUAUGUUUGUGGUGGUUGGUUUGAGGAUGCUGACACAGGAAAUAGAGUUCUGUGUGAGACUAUUGAUGUUUAUGAUGUAACUGCUAACACAUGGGAUGUGGUAACAACUGUGCCUACACCAAGGUACCAUGCUGGAAUUGUCGGUGUUGGCUCAAAAAUUUAUUUCAUUGGAGGAUUUCACAGUGAUGCCAUGUUCGAUCGUGCUACAGCAGCUAUUGAAUGUUAUGAUCUGGAGACAGACACAUGGACAACAGGCGAAAAAUACCCUCAGGAUAUAUGGGAACAUACCUGUGUAACUUUAUAUAUUCCACGAUGCCGUGACGACAUGGAAGUUAUGGCCACUAAUGAUAGUAGAGUUUGAAGUUUCUACACUAAUGUGCAAUAUUUGCUGCCGUUUAAAUGUACAAGACUUAAAAUAUUUACUUCGUAAUUGUUUCAUCUUUGUAUGUUAAGUGCCAUUGAAGAGUGAUUGAUACUAUUUGAAUGUUGUUUCUUUGUACUGUUAAUAUUUUUAUUCACUGUUGUAAAAUUGUGUAAACUGUCAUAUUUAACUUGUCCUUGCUUAUGCAUGGAUUGUUCAGAUACAAACUUUAUAUAUUCUAAUAAGCCAGUAGAAGAUGAGUUACUACAAGCAUCACACAAAACUGUAGUUACUGAGGGACCAUAUUGUAUAAUACAUGCUUGCAUACAGAUUGUAUGUAUUUCAAGCAAUUUAUAACUGAGUAAAUUACUCAGUAAAUGUAUGUUGUUGCUCCAGACAAUCAUUUCUUCCACAAUGAGACUAAUGAAAAUUGUGGCGUGCGCGCGCGCGCGCCCACACACACACACACACACACACACACACACACACACACACACACACACAA